ACCCUUAGGAUCCGAAAUACUCCCUCAAGCCAACAGGGAAAUACAUCAAGUCCAGACCGGAUUGCAUCCGAGUUGCUUGCCCGACAUGUCUUAGUCGACAACACCACACCACAUUCCCAUCUCCCAGUUCCCAUCCCGCCAGUCACUAUCCUCCAUCCCGCUGAUCCAUCAUUCAACCUCCCGUCCUCCCCCAGAUUGCCACCCGACUUUGAAACAUUCCGAUGUCCCAUCGACCGCACGAACAUGUCAGUUGGGCCUGGCGCGCGCGUAUACACACAAAGAUUCUCUGAAUCACUGGACCGGCCCGCGAACCAGAGAUGCAUAUGA